UUAGUUAGUUUAACUGGUUAGUUGGCGUGUGAUCUUACUUAUCACCUGCUUAUCACAUAGACCAGACCAGAGUCUAAUUUCUCCGUCUCUCUUCUCUGACCCGAGCUAUCAUAUUCCUCUAUGUAACCAUCCGAUAAGCCUGCUGAGCCGCAGUGCGGAUUUCCAUUUUCUGAGUUUGUGGUGAUUUUACAAAGACAGUAAACUUAUUGGACCCUGUCCUGGUGUAUUCAAAAUUGGAGUAGAAAAUUUCAAAUAUAAUAAAAGGAGAUAAGACUAAGAAAGGAUGGGAUACUACUCAACGUGGCUUGCAAAGGCAGCUGCGUCAACGCCAUGGGGCAAUGGCGUAACCUCGAAGAUUCGAAGCAGAUGUAUCCCUGCUUGCAGCCCAUAUUUCACCACCAAUGUUCGACACAAGCACUCUCAGAAAGUGGAUUAUCGGCCAAUCAAAUCUGUUCUGGUCGCCAAUCGGGGAGAAAUUGCCAUUCGAAUUUUCCGAGCCUGUACAGAACUUGGAAUAAGAUCGGUCGCAAUAUAUUCGGAGCAGGACAAGAUGCAUAUGCAUAGACAGAAAGCGGAUGAGUCCUAUCUGAUAGGUCGAGGAUUGGAACCAGUUCAAGCCUAUUUGAAUAUCCCUGAGAUCAUCCAGGUUGCAAAGGAACACAAUAUAGACGCUAUUCAUCCAGGAUAUGGAUUCCUCUCGGAACGAUCAGAUUUCGCUCAGGCUGUGAUUGAUGCUGGAGUGAGAUUCAUCGGUCCCAGUCCUGAAGUUGUAAGGAAGAUGGGAGAUAAAGUAGAAGCACGAGAAGCUGCUAUUGCGGCUGGGGUUCCUAUUGUUCCGGGAACGGACGGUCCAGUAACUCAUUCUGAGGAAGCCAUCAGAUUUUGUCAGAAUCAUGGACUGCCCGUUAUCUUCAAAGCCGCAUAUGGUGGUGGUGGUAGAGGGAUGCGAGUCGUAAGAAAGCUGGAGGACGUAGAAGAGAUGUUCAAACUGGCAAGUAGUGAAGCCAAAGCAGCUUUUGGUAAUGGUGCCAUGUUUAUUGAAAAGUUUGUCGAGCGACCUCGUCAUAUCGAAGUCCAGAUUUUAGGAGAUCAAGCUGGUAACAUAGUUCAUCUCUAUGAACGUGAUUGUUCGGUGCAACGAAGACAUCAAAAAGUUGUAGAAAUCGCCCCCGCUCCAAAUCUUGACCCCAAGAUUCGUGAUAGAAUGACAGCAGAUGCAAUUAAACUUGCUCAACAUGUUGGAUAUUCUAAUGCUGGCACGGUGGAAUUUCUUUUGGACCAAUCUGGAAAUUAUUUUUUCAUCGAAGUUAAUGCCAGGCUCCAAGUGGAGCACACAGUUACCGAAGAGGUUACUGGUGUUGAUUUAGUACAAUCGCAAAUAAAAAUAGCUGAGGGGAUGACUCUCCCAGAGUUACAACUAGAGCAGAAAAAUAUUGAAGUGGAUGGCUGUGCUAUUCAGUGCCGAGUAACGACAGAAGAUCCUGCGAAAGGAUUUCAACCGGAUACUGGACGAAUAGAGGUUUUUAGAAGUGGUGAAGGAAUGGGUAUCCGAUUGGAUGGGGCGUCUGCAUUUGCCGGAGCUAUAAUUUCACCGUAUUAUGACUCCCUUCUUGUCAAAGUCAUAUCGCAUGCAAAGGAUCUCCCUACUUCUGCUGCCAAGAUGGACAGAGCAUUGAGAGAGUUCCGUGUUCGAGGAGUUAAGACCAACAUCCCUUUCCUCCUCAAUGUCCUCGAGCACCAACGUUUCCUCGCUGGUACACUUGACACCAACUUUCUCGACGAGCACCCACAACUCUUCACCUUCCUCCCGCAGCAAAAUCGUGCCCAAAAAAUUCUAAAUUAUGUCGGCGAAGUCCUAGUGAACGGACCCACGACACCAUUAGCUACCGGCUUAAAACCCGCCGUUGUCGUCCCCGUCGUCCCAUCGACACCAGCGGCUCCGGACCCGACCUCGGGGUGGCGGAAGAUACUCCUCGAUCAAGGCCCAGCCGCUUUCGCCGCUGCGGUGAGGGCUCAUCCAAAACUUUUGUUGAUGGACACUACCCUUCGAGACGCACAUCAAAGCCUGUUGGCCACUCGCGUGAGGACGUACGAUCUGGAGAGGAUUGCACCUUUCGUGGCGCACCGGUUGAGUGGCCUCUACUCGUUGGAGAACUGGGGAGGUGCGACGUUCGAUGUUUCCAUGAGAUUUCUGCACGAGUGCCCAUGGGAGAGGUUGAUCGCGCUGAGGAAGUUGAUCCCGAACGUACCGUUUCAAAUGUUAUUGCGGGGCGCAAACGCAGUUGGGUAUACAAACUACCCGGAUAAUGUGGUGUUCAAAUUCUGCGAACUGGCUGUUCGAAACGGCAUGGACAUCUUCCGCGUCUUUGACAGUCUCAACUAUCUCCCAAACCUCCUCUUGGGCAUAGAAGCAGUCGCGAAAGCAGGUGGCGUCGUAGAGGCGGCCAUUUCUUAUACGGGCGAUGUAUUUGACCCAUCCAAGACCAAGUACGAUCUAAACUACUACCUCCAGCUGGCGUCUGCCCUAGUCGACGCGGGUACUCAUGUUUUGUGUGUAAAAGACAUGGCAGGACUUUUGAAACCACAAGCUGCCCAACUAUUGAUUUCCGCAUUGCGUGCCCAACACCCCACAAUGCCAAUUCACGUUCAUACCCACGACACAUCGGGAGCAGGGGUCGCCUCCAUGCUUGAAGCAGCCCGAGCUGGGGCAGACAUUGUUGACGUGGCGGUUGAUUCGAUGUCAGGCAUGACCUCGCAACCAAGUUUUGGCGCCAUAGUGGCAUCUCUUCAAGGAACGGAACAAGCAACGGAAUUCGGUCUGGAGGAAGUUUCACUCUACUCGAGCUACUGGGAGCAGGCCCGCACUUUGUAUGCCCCUUUCGAAUGUACGACGACGCUGAAGAGUGGAACGGCAGAUGUUUAUCUGCACGAAAUCCCAGGGGGACAGUAUACCAACCUGCAGUUCCAAGCUUAUUCAUUAGGAUUAGGCAGUCAGUUCCACAAGGUUAAGGCGGCCUAUGCCGAGGCGAACAUGCUUCUCGGGGAUAUCAUCAAGGUGACACCGAGCAGUAAGGUGGUCGGCGACUUGGCCCAAUUUAUGGCGCAGAAUAAGCUUACUUCAAAAGACGUCGAGGAACGGGCGGAAGAAUUGUCGUUUCCCAAAAGUGUAGUGGAAUUUAUGCGGGGGGAAAUAGGCCAGCCACAUGGGGGGUUUCCGGAACCGUUGAGAUCCAAGAUUUUGAAAGGUCUACCUGGUAUUGAAGGACGUCCUGGAGCUCAACUCGCGUCGUUCGAUUUCGAAGCGGCAACAGUCGACUUAAAGGAAAAAUUUGGCGGCCGCAUUCGUGAAGAAGAUGUCAUGAGUUACGCCCUCUAUCCAAACGUUGCUACAGAAUUCUUCGAAUUCCGUGAUGUCUACGGUCCAGUCGAUAAGUUAGACACGAGAAUUUUCUUGGUUGGACCUAAAGUCGGAGAGGAAUUUGAAGCUACGAUAGAGAAGGGAAAAACUCUGAGUUUCAAGACUUUGGCUGUUGCUGCGGAUCUAACUAAAAACGGUCUCCGUGAAGUAUUUUUCGAGCUAAAUGGACAAUUGAGAUCUGUAUUUAUUCGAGAUAAGGAAGCCGUUAAGGAACUACACAUUCACCCAAAAGCAGAAAAGAAUAAUAAAAAGCACGUGGGCUCACCUAUGCCCGGCAGUGUGAUUGAAAUCAGGGUAGAGGAAGACAAACAUGUCGAGAAGGGAACUCCAUUAGUCGUUUUGUCUGCAAUGAAGAUGGAAAUGAUUGUUCAAGCCCCUGUUUCUGGAACACUCAAAGCAAUCCAUGUCACCAAAGGAAUGAAGCUAGAGGCGGGAGACUUAAUUAUCACUAUCGAGUAGUUGUUCAUAUUAUAUUUUCCAAAGAAAUAUCAAAUUGUGAACUAAAAUAAUGAAGUUUUAGUGUGUAGAUCAGGCGUACAUAUGUAGCCGAGAUGAAAAAAUGAAACUUUGAUAUUAUUAAUUACUGUAUAUUAUGAUGGUGCUAUAAAUGUAUGUAGUAGAAAACAAUUAUCGAAAAAAAACCCCAUAUCUAACAAUUUCAGUUGCCUAAACCCCAAAUUAUAUGUACAUUGUUUCAAUGCGUUAAAAUUACUGACUUGAGUCUCAAUUUCAUAACCCAACCAUUCCGUUUUCCCUUGUCUGUGGAUAUUAUAUUGUGUGUGUCAAAGUAUCUUGCCAUUUAUAUACUAUAUUUGAACAUGUCUUCCAAAGAAUACCAUUUGAGCUUUAAGGGCGUGAUAGCGUCGUUACUGGAUAAUUUUAUUCAUAAAAGUUUUAGAAAAAAUUCUUGUCAAUUAGUACGUAACCAAGUUUUUCAGUGCAUGUUGCCUGUUCCAUGUGCGUGCUACUGUGGUGAUCAAAGUCAAUAAAUAAACGAGUUACAAUUUUGAAUCACGAAA